AUGAACCAGAAAAUCGUUUUAACGCUCGUAGCUUUCCUUACCGUCCAAAGUUUAGUCACAACUUUUGGCUCCUUGGCCCAAUUGAAUGAACCGAACCAGAACGAUUCUGCCGGCGAAGCGAACGUGUCAAUGGACCUGACUUCGAUACUCCCUAUAGUGGCAAUGGUAAAAGGCCAGGUCAAAGAAAUCGUGCUCGAUCUGGUGUCACAAGUUUUCCAAUACAUACGCGCCAUCGUUCAAGAGUGCAAAGUGCGUUUGUUGAGGAGACUCGGAAAAUACACGCUUUCCGACGUUUUCCACCUAGUUUUUGACGGUGUAAUAGAAUUUGUCAAUGAAGAGACGACGAUGUCCACAACCACGGAACAACUUUACGGAGAGCACACCAAAAACUACGACCACAGUUCAAGCGUCGAACGAGAACGUAUACGACUCCGAAAG